GUAGGAAUUACAACUAUCUAGAAAGUUAGAGGAGAGUCAGAACAAAUAUUACGGUUUGGAUGCGAGAAAAAAAUCAGAACUUUGAUUUUGUUAUCUGUUUUACAACGAGCAGUUUCCAGGAAAUGGGCAUUUUCUUGGUCAUUUUUUGUCUCUUGGCACCAACAGGAACAAUAAAGGGAACAACUACAUCGGAAACAUCCUCCACUACCACAAGCAAACAGAAUAUGACAACAAGUAGUGUAUACACCGAAUCAGAAACAGCCACAUCUCCUACAGAGGACAGAGGGCUAUCCAUGUUUUUUACAGUCAGCUCUACAAAGGCUAUUAGCACUUCAGAAACCAUCACGUUAGAAACCACAACAAAAGCAACAUCGGGUUCUACCCCAAAGAGUAUAGGACACUCGACAACUAUCCCAGAGACCACCAUGCUGGAAUCCAUCACAUCUGAAACAGCGAUGCCUCCGACAGAGAGCACUACAGCUUCAGGAAAGAGUAGCAUGAUGACUUCUCCCACUAUGGAAACCACAAGUACCAUUCCAGAGAGCAUAGCAGUCUCUGCAGCUUUCCCAGCAACCACCUUGACUGCGUCCACCACAUCACAAACUACCACAUUGGUCCCAGAAACCACAAUGCCCUCCAGCUCUUCCCCAGAGAGCUCCUCAAUUAGUAGUAGUACUACAAUUACCACUACAACACUGUUUCUCCCACUUUCAAACCUCCAGUGGCAACUGAAUGCUUUACACUCAACUUCACUGUAA